CAAACGGCCAGGUCCAAUGUGUGUUGAUUUGAAUGCUCUGAAAUUAAUACCAAUCCAUUUUACAGUGCAAGCCAGGCCUGGAAAGUCUUGUCAUAUAGAUUUGCUUCCAAACAAUCCAAGCUUUAUUCCCAAAUGAUACCUUGCCUUAGUUUCCAGCUUCCUUUUUCUUCUUCAUCUGCAUAUAUAAUAACAUUCAGCACGCUCCCACCCUGCAUCACUCUACAAUACAGAGAAAGACAGAGAAAGCUUGAAGCAUGGAAUCAAUGGAUAAGUAUAGGACUUACAUGUAUGGUGAGGGAGAGAAGAACACAAGUUGGAGACAUGGUGAACCUCCAGGCUAUGAAGUUGUCAACAAGCUCUUUGAAGAUGAAAGGACCAUGGAAUGGCCAAAGGGAUCUCUUGAAGAAGUUGUACAAAACGCCAUCAAGACAUGGGAGAUGGAACUCUCCCACAAAACCAACAUCCAUGACUUCAAGACCAUCAACCCUCAAAAGUUCAAGCUUUUUGUCAAUGGAAGGAAAGGGUUAUCUGGGGAGGAAACAUUAGAGCUUGGGAGCUACAACGCUUUGUUGAAGACAUCCAUGCCAGAGAAGCUCCAGUACUACAAGACUGAGAAAGAGACGUUUGAGUCAUCACAUGAAGUUUUCAGGACUGCUUUUCCAAGAGGCUUUGCUUGGGAGGUGUUGAGUGUGUACUCAGGGCCUCCAGUGAUUGUUUUCAAGUUCAGGCACUGGGGUUACAUGGAAGGCCCUUUCAAAGGCCAUGCUCCAACUGGAGAAUUGGUGGAGUUCUCUGGUGUGGCUAUUCUAAAGGUAGAUGAAUCAUUGAGAGCUGAAGAGGUUGAGAUUUAUUAUGAUCCAGCAGAGCUGUUUGCUGGGCUUCUAAAGGGUGAUGCUGUUGCUGAUGAUCAUGGUGACAUAGAUGCUGCUGCAGCUAAACUCCAGGCUUGUCCUUUCUUCAAAGGAGAUCAACUGAAAGAUGGAAGGGAGUUGCAAUUGGACUAAAUCUUUUGGUGUUUUUAUGUGUCUGAAUAAAAAAUUCGUGUAUGAUAUCUGGUUGAAACUUUGGAUUAUAAAAUAUGGCAUUAUGUUGACCUUUUCUGUUA